GUCGGAGGAUGUGUAAAUAACGUCUGCGGAACCAGUCGGUGGGAGCCAACGAGGAAGCUUCAAUUACAAGCGGAAAUGUCCUUCAAAGACGGGUGCAGAACACCGAGGGAGCUGUAAUGUCUGAAACUGUGUGGCGGGGCUGCUCUCUGAAGCGUUUUUUAGGUGCCAAAGACACAGUCGGACGCCGCGUGGGGCGAGACGAGCUGAGGGAGGAUCCCGGCCUGCCGGGGGAAAUGGACUGGCUGUGACGGGGCCUGCCUGCCGCGCCUGGAGGGGGGUGGGGGGCUGCCGAUGAUGAAGAGUUCCUGCAGAGCCGGCCUCCACAGGGAACUGCUGAACUCCACGUCCUCCGCCUUCCAACAGGUCAAACGAAUAUCUGGCAUGCACUUAAAGCCAUAUCUCAAGCUCCAGAAGAAAGAGCGGCCUCUCGAAAUCAGCCCGGACCCCCCGCGAACCCCACCCAUGAGCCAAGAGCGGCUGGUGAGCGAGGAAAAGCACAGCAGCCCCCAGGCUGGCCUCGUAGCCAGCCCCCCUCUCCGCAAGCCCCUGGGGAACCUCUCCGCCCACUCCCUCUGCGGCAGGCAUCGGAAUGCUGGCCGCGUCCACCCCGAAGGGCGGGGCGGGAAAGAGAAGUGGGUCGCCCUGCCCGCCACCAUCCACCAGGGGGAGGAUGGGGAGCCGCUGCUGGACAUCUGGGCGGUUGUGAAGCCGGGGAACACCAAGGAGAAGAUCGCCUUCUUCGCGGCCCAGCAGUGCGGCGACAACCGGCUAUCCUCCAUGAAGAACAAGAGCACCUGGGACAUCGACGGGAGGGCGACCAAGCGGAGGAAAAAAUCGCUGGACCUCCGGAAGGCCAAGACCCACCUGGAAAGGCCGCGGGAGACCAGCGGGAGGUGCCACCAGCCCGAGCCCUUCGCCUGCGGCAUUGAGCACUGCUCCGUCCAUAAUGUGAACGACGGCGGGGAGGGGGGUUUCCCCGGGAGGCCCCUCUCCGUGAUCGAGAUGGUCGCUUUCCUGGAACAACGAGCGAGCGUUUUGCUCGCCGACUGCACCAAGAUCUGCCCCAGUGCCCCGACCGUGACCAGGUGUCCCGGGCAGGCCAAAAUCACACUUCCCGCAUCCGGCCCCCUUUCCAACUUAGGGGGCUACGAGACCCCGUCUGAAAGGGCAACCUGCGGGGCCAGCGGCGACGGGGAGCAGCAGGCCGAGCCCGUGCGCGUGUUGGACAUGGUGGCGAAGCUCGAAUCGGAGUGCCUGAGACGGCAAAGCGAACGGGAGGCGGGAAGCCUCUCGAGAAACAACAGCUUCCGGCGGAACGUCGGGCGGGUGCUCCUGGCAAGCGGGACGCCGGCCGAGAACGAAGUCAGCAAGGAGCCUCCCGGAGUUCUUAAUCAGGAGGAACGGGGGAGGGAUGACGGCGAGUGGCGAUCAAAGCAUGGCUCUACGGAAGAAGACAAUUACUGGGAAGUCCCGCCAGCUCGCCAGUCACCGUCGUCGGUGGAGAUCUCCAGUUCUAAGCGUGGUCUGGGAGCCUCAUCACCUCCUGAGGUCAUGCUGCCACUCCCUUCUACGUAUCCAGAAGCUGCUCGAGCACGCCCACGUUCCUUCCGCGGGGAAAACGCAGCCCUUGAUCCUACACCUAAAGAACCAGGAGAUGUUCCCAAUCCAAAUGCAAAUCUAAGGACAAAAGAGUCCUUAACUAUUAGCAUCUCUGUCAUAAAGACAGAAAAGUUGUGUAGAAAAGGGCACCCUUCUGACUUGAGUUUUGGGGAGGAUUCUCUUCCGGGGAGGUUAUUCCUACUGCUGUCUGAGCGUGAAACUUGCCACAAGCAUCUCCGCACAGGGGAUGCUACUGCAGAAGAGUAUCGAGCCGACGUUCGCGGGAAGGAAGACCCUCCCACCGACACGCCUCGUGUGAUCGGCAGCGUCUCCGGGGAGCCCGCGGAGUCGCCCGUGGAAGGCCUCCCGCAGGGCCCCGACUCUUGCCAGCUAAAGAGGCAGCGGUCUCACGACUUCUUGGAGACCCGCUUCAAGAUCCAGCAGCUGCUGGAGCCCCAGCAGUACCUGAUCUUCCUGCCCCACCACAUCCUCGUGAAGAUCUUCGGCCUCCUGCCCACCAGGAGCCUGGUGGCCCUCAAAUGCACUUGCGGGUACUUCAAGUUCAUCAUUGAGUACUACAACAUCCGGCCGGCGGACUCCCGCUGGGUGCGCGACCCCCGCUACCGGGAGGACCCUUGCAAGCAGUGCAAGAAGAAGUACGUCAAGGGGGACGUCUCGCUCUGCCGGUGGCACCCCAAGCCCUAUUGCCAAGCCCUGCCCUACGGACCCGGCUACUGGAUGUGCUGCCACCUGGCCCAGAAGAACGUCCCCGGGUGCAAACUGGGCCUACACGACAAUCACUGGGCCCCCGCCUGCCACACCUUUAACCGCGCGAUUCACAAGAAGCCCAGGGAGACGGAAGAGGAGUGUUAGCCCCGGCCCGGCGGCUUCUCUGGGAGGCUUCCGUUCCUCUACAGUUUCACGCCUUGUGCUGUUUACGCUGUACAUAGUUUGUGGGUGGUUCCCCCCCCUUCCUGUCUCCCUUCCACGGGGCUUUGAAACUGCACAUACUUUAAAUCACGAGAGCCUUUUAGAGGAGAGAGAGAGCGCCCGCCCGGCCCACCUGUGUAAAUAACGUUCCAGAAAUCCCCUUUUCGUCUGCAAGGGCUGUCUUCUCGCCAGCCGGUUAACCCGAACCCCUCCGAAAUCGCCACAAUGCAGCGGCCGAGAGCGUUGUGGCUACUCAGUCCCUGUGUCUUUUUUAAAGUGGUCUCGUUCUCGGAAAUCUGUAUAUCCUGUAUAAUAUAUACAUA